GCUGAGUCCUUGCAGCUGCAGCAUCCAGCCACGAACCCAGCUUCUGCUGACCACCAUGUCGGAAAAGCCAAAGGUGUAUCAAGGUGUCCGGGUGAAGAUCACAGUGAAGGAGCUGCUGCAGCAGAGAAGGGCUCACCAGGCAGCCUCAGGGGGAACACUCUCCGGAGGGAACAGUGUCCACCUUUCAGAUCCAGUCACACCACCUUCUUCAGUCUACUUUGAAACUGAAUCGAAUUCUUCCACACCUAAUUAUUUUCAACCCCGAGAAUUUUCCAGUCAUGUUUCUUGUGAAGAAAACCCAAGCUGCCUUGACCAGAUCUUGGAUUCCUACCUUCAGACGGAGACACACCCCGACCCUUUGCUCAAUUCCAUGCAAAGUACUCCCCACUAUUUCCAGGACAGCUUCCAGGUGGCCCCUUUCUGCUUUAACCAGAGCCUGACCCCAGGAUCACCUUCAGAUUCCUCCACUCUCUCUGGCUCUUUAGACUACAAUUACUCGCCAGCACAUCUACCUUCAUAUGCUGUGGAGAAUUACAAUUCUCCUCCUUCUCUGGAUACCAGAAACUGCGGCUAUCCAUCAGAAGACUACUCCUACCCUCCCUUGCCCUCCCAUGCCCAGGACGACUGCUUCUUCCCAGCCCCCACCUCAGGCUGCUACUGUGUGUCCUGUGAGGCAGAACACUUGGCCACCGUAAGAACAUCUGAGUAUUUUUCCUGUCCCAGCACAGACUAUGUGAACUUUGAUACCUCGCCAACAGCAUCCAGUGAUUUCUAUACCAGGGAAACAAACUGUGAUAUCUGCUAUAGUUCAUAGAGUUUCAUUAAUUUGGAAUAUGGCGUGCAUAUGUCUAUUGUUCUGCCGCACCAAAUGACAACUUGAAAUAGGUAACUUGUUAACAAAAUAUCACAGGCACAGUUUACAUGCCAUUUUCAGUUUUCUGACACUAACUUAGGCGUUAAGAUGAACCAGACCCUGUGUUUGUGCCUACUUUGUAUGCUUAAAGUUAAAAGUUUUGUUAGGAACAUUCAGUUGUUUUACUUUUCUGUAUA